AUGGCAUCCGGCGAGAAUCAGUCAUCAUCUGAUAACCAGCAAAGAAGAUGGCAUCACAUAAGAAAAUUAUUAGAAAGGUCUGGACCUUUUUGCCAUCCAGACUUCGAGCCAUCACCGGAGAUAUUAGAUUUUAUCAUGGAUUCAUGCAAAGUGCUAAUUGUAGGCGCUGGUGGUCUAGGCUGUGAAUUACUGAAAGACUUGGCUCUGAUGGGAUUUAAAAAGCUGCAUGUUGUAGAUAUGGAUACUAUUGAACUGUCGAACUUGAACAGGCAGUUUCUAUUUAGGAAAAAUGAUAUUGGGUUGUCAAAAGCCAAAUGUGCUGUUGAGUUUGUUAACAGAAGAGUACCAGGCUGUGAAGCAGUUGCUCAUCAUUGUCCCAUCCAAGAUUUAGAUGAAGGAUUUUAUAGGCAGUUCCAUAUUGUUGUCUGUGGUCUUGACUCCAUUGUUGCUAGACGCUGGCUGAAUGGAAUGCUGAUGUCACUGUUACAAUACAAUGAUGAUAGGAGUUUAGAUCAAAGCAGUGUAAUUCCUUUAGUUGAUGGUGGAACUGAAGGAUUUAAAGGCAACGCAAGAGUGAUCCUGCCAGGCAUGAGUGCCUGUAUUGAGUGCACUCUUGAUCUAUAUCCUCCUCAGAAGACAUUCCCUUUGUGUACUAUUGCUAACACUCCAAGAUUACCAGAACAUUGCAUUGAAUAUGUGAAAGUGAUACAAUGGGCAAAAGAAAAUCCUUGGGGGAACAACACAGCUCUUGAUGGAGAUGACCCACAACAUGUUGCUUGGGUGUUUGAGAAGGCACAGGACAGGGCUGUCAAGCAUGGAAUCUCAAAUGUGACUUAUAGGCUCACACAAGGAGUCCUAAAGAACAUCAUUCCAGCAGUUGCUAGUACUAAUGCUGCUAUUGCAGCUUGUUGUGCUACAGAGGUUUUCAAGCUAGCCUCUUCAUGCUGUACUAACAUGAACAACUACAUGGUGAUGAACAUGGCAGAUGGUGUUUACACAUACACAUUCAAUGCAGAAAAGAGGCCGGACUGUGUUGCAUGCAGCAACUCCACUCGCAUUGUAGAAAUAGAACCAGAUGCAACCUUGCAGAUGAUCUACGAUAAGCUCUGUGAAGAUCCUGCCUUUAUGAUGAAGAGCCCUGGUAUAACAACAGUGAUCAAUGGCCGUAACAAAACCUUAUACAUGUCUUCUAUAAAAAGCAUUGAAGAAAGAACAAGGGAUAAUUUGAAGAAGAAAAUAACAGAUUUGGGCCUAUACAAUGGUGCUGAUAUACUAGUAGCUGAUGUCACUACCCCAAACACAGUAACAAUAAAACUGAAGUUCCUGGAGAAUCAGGAUGUUGAAAUGGCGCGAUAA